ACUUCACUGUGAUACACGAUUCUAUAAUUUAGUUAACUGGAGGUGAAAAUACUCGACUUGAACACUUGAACUAGACAUCGACUAGAGACAUCUAUUUUGAGGUUUUUAUAAUUCAAAUUAUUAUGAAUAUAUAUAUGGAGAAAACGAAAAAGGUACGAUCUACCAAAUUUAUGCCUGAAGAGACCAGUUUACUGAUUCGUUUAGCUUUGAAUGAGAAACAUAUUGUGGAGAACAAAACAACGGAUGCAGAAAUGUGGAAGUUGAAAGCAAAUACUUGGGCCCACAUUGCAGAACUUUUUAAUGCUUCUUCAGAAUGUUUUAGGCCGAUGGAAUCGUUGAAGAUGAAAUAUGAAAGUAUAAAAAAGGAAUUGAAGAAAAAAGUCAAUAAAAACAAUGCGGAGGCAUUGAAAACUGGGGGAGAAAAACCGGAAUUUAUAAAAAUUGAUGGACCUGAAAAAAAAUUGCUGGAUGCCCUCGGUCUUUCUACACACUAUAUACCAUCUAACUUGGAUUCUGAUAGUAUUCUUCCUCAAUCAUCUGAAGCUGAUACUUGUGAAACAAACACCAAAAGGGAACCAUUAGAAGCAGGCCAAGAAAUUUGUAAAGAGGAAAUGGAAUUUUACAACUUACAGGAAAUGCUUGAGGAAGAAAACAAUGUUGACUGCCAUGAGAAUCCUUCCGAAGAUAGUUCCAAAAUAAUUCUCAAGUUUGAGCCAGAAUCUCCAAAAAUGAUGGAAUAUAUUGAGAAUAACAAUGAAUCGAAGAAAAGGGUAUCGCGAAAUUAUUCACCUCCUACAAUAAAGUCAAAAAAGCCUGCACUCCAUAACCCGAGACAAAGUAAGGGAGAAGUUCUUAAUAAAGAAGUUGAAAAUCUUAUAGAGCUAAGGGAGGAACUACUCAGACACCAAAUCCAUCAUAUAAAAACGGAAGAGCAACGUGCGCAAGAAAGGAAUGAAAGAGAAAGAGAAAAGCAUCGAAAAGAAAUGGAGCUUUUAGAUAUUGAAAUAAGUAUUAAAAAAACCAUAUUAUCCAAUAAUAAUAGUUUAAUACAAAAAUAGUUAUUAUGUAAUAAUAAUACAUAUCUUAUUUCAAACAAUAGAUUUU